AGUGAGCGAUUUCCACAAAGGAGGAAGAAGAAUUCACAUUUUGGAAAGUGGGAAGCUUAGCCAGAUUCAAACUUACUUGCAAAUUCCAAUUUUAUGAGCCAUUUGGUGAAUGUGCUCACCGGUGCACUGCACACAUCCGUUGGCAGUGAGCAUGGACUUCUCGGUUUCCUACCAACGAGGCACGUAUUCAAUCUUCAUUCGUGAACAUGGCCGAAUUUCUCAAACCCAAGAAGACGAACCCAAGAGGCAUUCCUGAGGCGCCAUUCAUCGAAAAGGUGGAAAGCAUCAUCAAAAACCCCGAAAAGGAGUUUGAAGCCACCUUGCAGGCUUUCCAGGACAGGUUGCAGCAGUACAAGUACAUGGAACUCUCAAAACAGCAGCAGUUGGCGGACUUGAAGAUUAAAAUCCCCGACAUCGAAAAGAACUUGGCCAUUAUAAACCACAUCAAGGAACGAAAAGAAAGUGGCGACGACGAUCAGCUUCUUGAAACCAAUUAUGAGUUAGACAGCACGCUAUACAGCCGGGCGGAAGUCGAUUUGCAGGCGCUCGACUCCGUGGGCUUGUGGUUGGGAGCGGACGUCAUGUUGGAAUACCCUCUUGACGAGGCCGUGGAACUUUUGAACACGAGAUUGCAAAACAAUGUCCAGCUGUUGGAAACGGUGGAGGAAGACUUGGAUUUCUUGAGGCAAAACAUCACCACCAUGGAGGUCAACACUGCGCGCUUGUAUAACUGGGACGUCGAGCGGAGAAAGGCCUUGCGGAAUGUGGAACAAAACACACAAAAUCUUAAAAUAUAGGUCAAUGUUUGACAUGAGUGGCCUCCCGGUACACGAAUGCCCGGAAAUAAGACGAAUCUAAUACGAAACCGUAAAAAACAGAAUCGUGGCCAGCAAAGAAGCAGG